AUCGCGUUACUCUACAGCUGAAAUACAUCUUCAACUACAAAAACAUCAUACUCUCCAAUCUAGCUCUACGUAACGAAGGACAGCUAUAAGCUAUAGCUGACUGCCAUUGAUGAAGAUGGACAAGACUUCGAUUCUCCUUUUGCUUCUGCUGCCUGUACUAACAAUAGCUUUUGACGCGGAAGCAAUAGCCAAAAAAAAGUACACAACAGCGGACAUCAACGGCGACGGCGACCUUACUGUGGAUGAGAUUUCAAAAGAUCUACUGUAUUCAGACAAAAUCGGUAAUAAUAACGGGGUAAUCGACAAAGAAGAGUACAAGACAGUUUUUCUCAACGCUUUCAAGAACUCCAAAGCUGAGGCAGCUAUGCGUCUGUUUGCUGCUUACGACGUGAACAAUGACACAGUUUUAGACGAUAAAGAUUUUGGACGCUUGCGUCAGAAAAUGAAUCAAAACAACGACGCGAAACUCACACAGCAGGAGUAUGUCGGAUGGAUCUUACCAUACAUAAAGGCCGCUAUGCCAUAAGAUCGACACAU